CGGUCCGAUUUUUUAUCUCUCUCGGUUCAUUCCCUAAAACGAUUCUAUAUAUCAAAAUCUCGCUCUCUAUUACACAACACAUUUCCAUUUCUGUUAUCAAAAUUUCUUUCUCCACACACAAUCGCAACAACCAUCACCAAUGGCGGUGAAUCUCACCGCAAACGCUAUUACGGCGAUAAUCGCCGGCGACGUCGACGCAAAACCGUUACUUCAAGUUCUCGAUAUUGCAACAAUCGUAAGUACCAAAAACUCUCAACAACAGCGUUACCGUCUUCUUCUCUCCGACGCCGUUUCGUCUCAUCACGCUAUGCUCGCUGCUCAACUCAACGACCGAGUCAAUACCGGUCGAGUUAAGCAAGGUUCCAUCGUUCAGCUUCUCGAUUACAUUUGCACUCCGCUUCAGAAUCGCAAGAUUAUUAUGGUGCUUAACAUGGAAACCAUAAUACCUGAUUGUGAAAUCAUUGGGAAUCCAAAGUCAUUUGUGGAUUCAGAGUUACCAGUUCAGAAAGCAUUGCCUGAUAACACUGUGGCUGGUUCGUCCAGAAGUAUUAAUAAUUUGGCUGCUCAAAAUGCUGGUAGUAAUGGGCAGAAUUUCAGGCCAACAGUUCAACCUCCAUACCAACCUCCUCCGCUUUACAAAGGUCGUGGUGCAGUUAUGAAAAAUGAGGCGCCAGCACGUGUAAUACCUAUAGCUGCUUUAAAUCCCUAUCAGGGUAGGUGGGCCAUCAAGGCAAGGGUUACUGCAAAAGGGGAUUUGCGCCGCUAUAACAAUGCUCGUGGAGAUGGAAAAGUCUUCUCGUUUGAUCUCCUUGAUUCUGAUGGAGGUGAAAUACGGGUAACUUGCUUUAAUGCUGUUGUUGACCGUUUCUAUGAAGCAAUUGAGGUUGGUAAAGUUUACUUGAUAUCGAAAGGUAGCUUGAAACCCGCACAGAAGAAUUUCAACCAUUUGAAGAAUGAAUGGGAAAUUAUGCUGGAUUUAAAUUCAACGAUUGAGCUUUGCCCAGAUGAGGAUGGUUCUAUACCUAGACAGCAAUUCUCCUUCAGACCUAUCAGUGACAUUGAGAUUGUUGAGAAUAACGCUAUCCUUGAUGUUAUUGGGGUUGUGACAUCUGUGAAUCCUUCAGUUCCCAUCUUAAGGAAGAAUGGAAUGGAAACACUGAGAAGGGUUUUGAAUCUGAAGGACAAUUCUGGCAAGAGUGUUGAGCUAACACUUUGGGGUGAAUUCUGCAACAGGGAAGGACAAAAGCUUCAAGAGAUGGUGGAUGCUGGGGUUUUCCCCGUUUUAGCAGUAAAGGCUGGGAAAGUUAAUGAAUUCAGUGGAAAGUCUAUAGGCUCUAUUUCUACUACACAGCUUUUCAUAAAUCCCGAUUUCCCUGAGGCUCAGACCUUAAGAAACUGGUUUGAUCAAGUUGGGAAAGAUUCUGCUUCUCUAUCCAUUUCUAAGGACAUCACUCAUGGAGGACCCAAAAAUGAGAUACGCAAAACUGUGUCUCAAAUUAAAGAUGAAGGUCUAGGGCGUUCAGGCAAGCCAGACUGGAUAACAAUGAGGGCAACCGUAUCAUUCAUGAGGACCGAUCCGUUUUGUUACACAGCUUGCCCUCUGAUGAUUGGAGAUCGACCGUGCAAUAAGAAAGUGACGAAGUCAGGAGACACAAAAUGGCAGUGUGAUAGAUGCAACCAGGAGUUUGAGGAAUGUGAUUAUCGUUACCUUCUCCAAGCUCAAAUCCAGGAUCAUUCAGGAUUAACUUGGGUAACUGCUUUCCAGGAAGCAGGGGAGGAGAUUAUGGGGUACCCAGCAAAAGAUUUGUAUGUGUUGAAGUAUGAACAGGAGGAUGAUGAGAAGUUUGGAGAUAUAAUCAAGAGUAGACUCUUCAAUGAGUUUGUGUUUAGGCUGAAAAUCAAAGAGGAAUUAUAUAAUGAGGAACAGAAGGUGAAGAUUACAGUAGUUAAGGCAGAUAAGGUGAAUUAUUCUGCAGAGAGUAGGUACAUGCUUGAUUUUAUUUCCAAGUUCCGUAGGCAGUGAUUAUAGCUUGGUUGCAGCAUAUUUUCAUGUGAUUAGCCAUACAUAUUGGCAUUAGUCUAUAAGCUUAACGUAGAGUCGAGUAUCCAUGAUUACGGAUUAUUGCAUCAUACGUGUAAUCACAAUACGUUUUUAUCGGCUAUUAUUAUUCGACUUACAGUCUGAUAGUUUGUUUUAAAUUUUCUGUCAGCUAUGAGCCAUACAUGUUGGCAUUAGUAUACAAGCUUUACAUAGAAUUGACUAUUAGUGAUUAUGGAUUAUUGCAUCAUACGUGUAAACGGUAAUCACACUACGUUUAUCAACCAUUAUUCUACGUAUUGUCUGAUCUUAUGUUUUAAA